AUUAAUUAAUGACAAUUGAUUGAAAGAGAAAAAAAGAGAGGAGAUGAUAAAAAUGGAAUCAUGAGGAAAGGCAAGAAAAUAAGGAGUGAAGGGGGAAGAGGAAGGAGAAAGCGGAAGGAGAGAAAAGGAAGCUGAGUAGAGGGGAGAGAGAGAGACAGAGAAGGCAAAAGAAGCGAUGGCGCGAUGAUGGAUAUGGUUCAGCAAAAAAAAAAAAAGUACAUUUCUCCUCCCUGUUUUUUCUCGAUCGCGGACAAAAGCGACACCCGCGCCCAACAAAGGUCGCAAAACCUUUCUACUUUGUUUUUCAAUCAUUUAUAAGUGAGUGACACACAAAUAAUACAAAAUACAAAAAAAAAACAGACAAACUUUUACAAAUGAGGAUAAAAUUAUUCUUAGCAAGGUAGGGAAGCCAGGGAACAGUUUAGGGAAAAAAGGGGGUAACUAAUAUGUAAUUAUAUAGAUCAGUGAAGGGAAGUGUACCAAGAGAGGAAGGAUACACUGCUUUUUUUUAUAAACCCAAAACGACACACCACAUUUACACACAUACACAAGCACACAUGCACAUUUAAACACAUACACAAACAUUCAUUACACAUCGACACGUUCUCUGUGUGUGCGUGUGUCUCAUCUCAAAAUCACCACCUUAAUGUUAUCUCAAAGCUAUCAGAGACACGACGGCGACGGUCCCCUGUAACUCAAGAAAGGGAUAUUAAAUUCAAGGAAGGAGUUACAGCUGCUACUAGAACACGUUGUUUGCCGGCCUCUCUCUCCUGGCGUGUUGCGUUUUGUGUGUUGUUCUGGAAGUGAAAUUAUGGUUGCGCGACGCUUACGAUAAACGACUUCUGCAGAGUUCAUCUUCAUCCCAGAGCGCAGGCAGAGACAACGACGAAGCGUGCGAGAAUUGGUCACAUUUUUGUUGGCUAACCAAAAGGAUUCAAGGCCCUACACACGCACACACACACAUACGCGCACGCCAUUGUAAAAAGGAGAGUGAUAAAGCCCAAUCUGAACCUGUUGGAGAUAUGACAAAGAUCGUCGAUCAUCGGCAGCAGCGCGCAAAUAAAACGAGGCAUCAAAGGAGGAAAGGUGGUGACAGCAGGCCGAAUUUAUAGUAGUGUUAGCGCAAGCGCAAUCAGUUUCAUUAGUAGUCAUGUUUUGAUUCAGUUCAUUUGCGAACGUUAUCAAUUAUAUAAUUCCCCCCUUAGUAUGCCAUUAUAGAUAGUGCACGCGUCGUCGCACGCGUGCAAGUGAGCUAUCGGUUUAGUUUUUUUUUUGAUAAAUCAGUGAAAAAGGAAGGAGCCCGAGAAGUAAUAAACAAUAAAUUCUUUACUAGUAAGGAAAUGUAAACAGAAACAUGAAGCGCAUUCUGCUGAGCGAGUUUUAAUUUUCUUCGGAGGUUUAUCAUCAUCCAUUGGUCUGUUAAUUAUUACAUUCUUGAUGGGUUGUUGGUGGUGUGAGGCUUGUCUUGGAAUGCGUCGAAUCUCUCGUCGAAGAUGGUUAACUACAAAAAACGGGGGGAACGGCAAGAGCGGGUUGUAGAGUUUUACAAAGUUAGGUUAACUUACAAACACCUUUAGUUCAAGUGCGAUUGAGGAUGGGAAAAUCAUGGGUCACGGGAAUUGUGAGCCAAUGUUGGGGGAGGGGACCUCGGUUAGUGGUAGGAACAUUUAGGAAGGGAAAACCCAGUGUCCAUAUGUACAUAAUAUAUAGACCACUGAGCGUAUCGUUUUCGUAAUCAAGCUACGGUAGUGCGAGGAACACAUGUAGCGUUCAAGGAUCAACCGGAAGACAUCUGUAGAACAAAACUGGCACCAUUCUCCGUCGGUCGGCGGCGACACAAGGAUACGCGCAUAUCCGGAAAUCCGGAACACAGGAAGAACCCUUUUUUCCUAAUAACAGUUUGAUUUCCUAACGUGCGUACGCCCACAGAAAAGCAACAAAAUCAUCUAGAGUUCGGUUUGAAUAAAAAAAAGGAUUCGUGGAUCAUAAUCAUCGCCUCUUCGCCUUCAUAAGGAUAGCGCUUUGGAUGGAUUUCUCCUCUGUAGGUUUCGGUAGAAUUGAAAGGGAUCGUUCGUCUGUUAGCAAAUUGGUCUCUCUCUCUCUUUCUCUCUCUUGGCUCUUGGUUUUGCUGGUGGUCUGUUGAUCUUGAUCUUGUUGGAAGGGUAGUAAAAGCACGUGGCACAACAGACAGGUGGUUGGCGGGAAAUGUCUGACGCAUUAUGGACAGGACCGUACACGUGUUUGUACAUUGGUCCAAUCAACGAAAGAAAUCAUCUCCAUUUCAGUUCAAUCUCUUUACGUGAAACAUCUUCAUAAUUAUUGCAUUUAGUAUCAGUUGCCACACAUUACAUUCUAUCUGUACUUUUGUUUAAUGUUUGUGUUUGUUCUUGGGCAUCGUGUGAAGUGUUUCCCUCGUUUUUCGUAGGUUGAAUUUUCAAUAGGUAAAAGAACAAUUGUAUGAUAAAUAUUAAAACCAUUCUUGGCAACUCGGUGGAUGGUCUAUUUUCGGAAUUAGUUGGAUCAAAACGUUUUGAACAACGAAUCAGUUUGUGGAUGGAUGGCGUUGUGUUGCAAUCAUAACUCAUGUAUCCCAAUCCUAGAAAUGUUUCAGCUAUGUUGAAGUAAGGGUUCGGUAGAUGUGAAACAAAGUUAAAAGAUAAACAAAUAAAAAACAACGGAAAUUUAACAAGAAAAUCGUCCCUCAAAAUAACCCGCCUUUGGUGGGAGCGCUCCAUUCCAGUCGGUACUGUGUACCAUUAUGAAAUGGAGCAGCAGGUUGAAUGAGAAUGGUUUGAAUGGUUUCGCUGUUUCGUUUGGCACCGAUUUAGAUAUUACAUGGAUGUACAAAUGGAUGGAAAUUGAAAACAAAUAAAGAAAAACAAACGCGUAACAUUUGUGAAAUGUAUUUACGGAUUGUGCAAGUAAAGAAAGGUCAGCUACUGGGUAGAUAAAUACAAAUUGAACGCAUAAAUUUAAUAACCGACGCAACAGCUGAUCCGAAAUUCAAAUUCCUUUCCGCGCGCCAGUGACGCGAACGUCAAACCAGCGCGUUUGCUUACAUCUGUCAAAAUCGCUGUCAAAAGGGAUGCAUUUGUGUAGCCUGCGCUUUUAGGGCAUGCUAGACGGGCACACGCAAGGCUGGACUGAAUAUUUUCAACACCCGUGCGCUGUAUUUAUCUGUAGAAAAGUGUGUUUAUUUCGUGCCAGUGUUGUGAAAAGUGAAUCCCGUUCUUUUAGUGUUGAAAAUUUCUACCACAAGCUACGCUCUUGUGUAUCUUUUCUAAUUGUUGUGUGUCCGAAUAUUUGGCACCCUUUGAUUUUUAAGGAUGGACGCUCUGCUGGAUGAAGUUGAAUCGUUGGAAGCGAUUCUGAUGGAAGACGUUCACAUCACGAAGAAUGCAAGCGGAUUUCCGGAGAUGAUUGAAACGACCGUAUUUCCAACGGUGGGCGAAGAGCUGGAAUCACAGUACGUUUGUAUCACGCUGCAGGUGUUACCGGCCGUCGGCUAUCCGGAUGUGCGUCCGAACGUGAAGUUACGAAAUCCACGCGGUCUGGAUGAUAACAUUAUCGGGCAGAUCGAGCGUGCCGUGCAGCAAAAGUUGACUGAAUCGAUCGGCCAACCGGUCGUGUUUGAUCUCAUAGACAUAAUACGGGAGCAGCUGACGGCAAGCAAUCUACCGUCCGGCCAGUGCGUGAUCUGUCUGUACGGGUUUCUCGAGGGCGAUGAGUUUACCAAAACCGUGUGUUAUCACUAUCUGCACAGCCACUGUCUGGCGUGUCACAUCAAUGCUUCGAAGCGCAACUAUGAGGAAGAGAUCGAAAAGCUACCGAUCUGGAAGCGCAAGGAAACGAAACCAUUUCAGGCCCAGUGUCCGGUGUGCCGGGAAUCGAUAGACGGCGUAGAGGUGGAACCAUUGAUGCGCUGCCGGCCACCGGCGGAACGUGAGAAUGCACCGAAAUUUAAGGUGACCGACGAGCUGAAAUCACUCCAGGCACAAAUGAACCGGCUGUUUAUGCAUCAGAAACGGCGUGGUGGAAUUAUUGAUUUGGAAGCCGAAGAGGGCAAUGUGAUUGCGAUCGAAACGGAAUCUCCAAAUGGCGAGAUUUCUAAAGGCACAAAUGAUACUUCAAACGUUCCCAGCCCAAUGCUGCCGGAGGUGAAAACGCCAGCAAACAAGAAGCAUGGCACGAACGCACAACACGCCAAAGGAUCUUCAAGCUCAAAAGGGGCGAGUAAUAAUAAUGCCGGUCGGCAGCGUAAUAAUGCACAGGCCGCACUUGCGAACGGUGAAGCAAAUGACGAUCCGGAUGCUUGUACUGAGCCGUGCUGUUCGGGACAGAAUGAUCAUCAUCGUAGUGGCGGUCGAAAUAGGCGUCACAAUAAUCACCAUCACAACCGGCACCAGCGUCAUCAUCACAAUCACCAUCAUCAUCACCAUCAGCAGCAGGGCCGUGGUGGUGGUGGUGGUGGAGGUGCUGGCACUUCAACAGCGGCCGGUGGAGCGGCCAAAAAUUUAGGUACUCCCUGCGCAUCCGACGCCAGGUGACAAUUGUUGCUAGAGGAAAGUGAUCCCCACGCGAUGCAGUGUCAUUGGGUCGAGCGGGAUGUGUUGGAUCGGCUGUACAACGGGCCGGGCGAAUCCUGCUGGCCGUGGGCUCAUCAUGCCCAUCCUAAUCUGUCGAAGAGCAAACAGCAGCAACGUGGACAGAAUGAUAGCCGCCGCACCAUCAGACCGAUGCUACUGAUAUAACAUUUAAUCCACUGGACACGUAUGCAGAUUCUCUUCAAUCUCGUAAAUACUCUUAUUCGUACCAAAAUAAUCGACAGUAUGCAUAUUCAUAACAACGUCCGCAUAGUUGCGGACAAGCGUAGAAUUUUCGAUCAAUGUUGGCUGUCCGUAGGUAGGCCAAUGAUCCACCGUAUGGAACGAAGGCAUCCUCAAUGUUACCGUCUGUUGUUGCACAGCGCUUGCCUGCAACGACUGAAACAAACCGACGCCGCGUUAGCCCGCAGCGUGCUUGAAAAGACUUUCGUUCGGAUGUUGGAUCCGAUGCAAACAUCCCUGGGCGGGUUGUUAGCUGUGUACGGCAAGGGAAUAUGUUGUGGUAAGGUCCGCUUUUACUACACAGUAGUUUGGAUGUUUUUAUUACGAAUUUUUCUAGAUGUGCUCGAUUCUGCCCACCAGGGACAGUCGUACGUACGCUCGUUUGGCGUUCAAUCCCGAUGUUUAAGACUAAUGCCCCUUUACUGCGAGCGUACGAAAUGGUACGAUCGAAGAAAUGUUUAUUUUGUCGUCGUGUUGUUAAGUUCGCUUGAGUUUAAUAAUAAUAUUUUCGCUUCAAAUGUCGGCUGUUUUUGGCGACCAACUGGCGUCAAUGUAGUAGAUUUAUCCGUAAAGUUUACCGUUCAUCAUUAACGAUAAGUUUUUUUUUGUAAGAACGCAUGGAUGUGCGUAAGUGGACGGAAUGUGUAACGUGAUCUAUAGUUUAUUUAUCAUCCGUAAGAGCGCAAGAGAAGGACGGGUGAUUUUUUUUACACACACACACACUAGAUAAGAGAUACGGUUAGUUUCGAACGUACAAAUAGCCCGGGGAAAUGGAGAAGAUAUAUAGGGAGCGGUGCGUGUGCGUGACCACCUCUUACCCAAUACCAAGGAUCUCUCCCUACACUCGAUAGCGUUUAAAAUAAUUUAAAGAAAAAGACACAAAACUUAUUUAACACUUCCCGUUCCUCAAAACGUAAGGGCAUGGUCCGUGUUUUGAGGCGUGCGAAGGACAACAGUGUAAUGGAUAUUGUCUCUUUAUUUUGUUUAACAAUUACUAAAAAAAAGCUUAUUAUAUUAACUUAAAGCGUUUUCCGUUUUCGAAUGGUAAAGUUGGUUCCAUUUCUUUUACCAGUUGCACUGGAAUGUGUUCAUGUAGAUGUGAAAUGCUUCCCGUUUUCUAUAUAUUUACUUUAAUUAGAUUUUUGCAUGUCGAAAAGUUUUCCACGUGUGUGAGUUGAAAAAAGUGUUGCAACAGAGUCGAUUUCAUCUUGCAAAUGCUCGAGAAAGAAGAUUCUACUUUUGCCCGUAAAUGUAUCAACUUAAGCUUAAAAAAAUGGGUUCAACUUUAUCACUUAAGUGGAGAAUGAGUUCCUCUACGCAUAGUUUUGUGCUGUUUAUACUAUUUAUUGCUUUACGUUUGUGUGGGUAUUGAUAAUUUCUUAUGAAGAAACGAACGCGUAUCAUUGCGUGCCAAACCAGAUAAAACAAACAAUUACACUCGCGACAGAGCGAACGAGAGCGAAAGUGAACGAGUUUCGUUUUUGCUGUGGAAAUGGAAUGAAAAAUAAAAAAAGAUAAAAGUUCAGAUAAAAGCGAAAAUCAAAUCGCAUCACCACACCCCUUUAAUAGCAAAGAAAUAGGCUUAAAUGAGUUGUAAAGGGGUUGAAAGCAUAGCAAAAAAAGCACAAUACAAUAUAAAAAAGAAGCUCAUUUGGAUAUACAUAUGGAAGACACAUUGUAAAACUACAAACAAAAACAACAGCACGAUAGAUACAAUUCGAUUGCAAUAGGUUAUCAUUCAAAAAGACAGGAAAAAAACAAUUCUCAACGCAAAACAUAAAACUGAAGAAAAAAAUCUCAAGUUAGUGAAACACAUACUCUCUUAUCGAAAAUCAGGCAAAGAGAAGAAUUUUUAGAAGCUGGCUUAAAGUCUUAAUUUCUCAUUGCGCCCGGUACGUGAUGAUGUAAACGUGAAUUUAAACAUAACUCAGUAAUAAUUAACUGUCAAAGCACAUAGAACAACAACAGGGACACAUAACGAAAAGCCCCCGGUGUUUGAAGUAAAUCAUCCCCUGAGACGAAUAAAAAAUUAAACGUGCACCCUUUUAAAAUGAUGUCUCUACCCCGCAAAAAGCAAAUCGUCUCCCAAUAUCCGAGCUCCACGAUCCACGAUCGUCUGAAGUGUCGCCGGUGGGGGAAAAAUCGUAUUCUAAGUCAUUUGUAAUUCCUGCACGUGUGAGAGAAGGGUGGAACAUCGGCAGGUGGGAAAGAAUGUCUGUGUCUCUGCCCCCCUUUAAUGGUCAAUCCACAAUAUGAUAUGUAUGUUAUCUUAAAUUACCACAAAUCAGAAGGCAAAACCGUUUUGCCCAGACUAAUGGAACAAGAAAACAAAA